AUGGAGGAGGCCAAAGCUGUCUUGAAGUUCAUCGAGGGCAUCUCUGAAAAGACCCUGAGGAGUACUGUCACGCUCACGGCUGCCCGAGGAAGGGGGAAGUCUGCAGCUCUGGGAUUGGCUAUUGCUGGGGCAGUGGCUUUUGGGUACUCCAAUAUCUUUGUUACCUCCCCAAGCCCUGAUAACCUCCACACUCUGUUUGAAUUUGUCUUUAAAGGAUUUGACGCGCUGCAAUAUCAGGAGCAUCUGGAUUAUGAGAUCAUUCAGUCUCUCAAUCCUGAAUUUAACAAAGCUGUGAUCAGAGUGAAUGUAUUCCGAGAACACAGGCAGACCAUUCAGUAUAUACAUCCUGCAGAUGCUGUGAAACUGGGUCAGGCCGAGCUUGUUGUGAUUGAUGAAGCCGCUGCCAUCCCCCUGCCCCUGGUGAAAAGCCUCCUGGGCCCCUACCUUGUGUUCAUGGCAUCCACCAUCAACGGCUACGAGGGCACUGGCCGGUCCCUGUCCCUCAAGCUGAUCCAGCAGCUCCGUCAGCAGAGUGCCCAGAGCCAGAUCAGCACCACCGCUGAGAACAAGGCCACAGCGACAGCCAGACUGGCAUCAGUGCGGACCCUGCAUGAGGUCUCCCUGCAGGAAUCCAUCCGAUACGCCCCCGGGGACGCGGUGGAGAAGUGGCUGAAUGACCUGCUGUGCCUGGAUUGCCUCAGCAUCACCCGGAUAGUCUCGGGCUGCCCUCUGCCCGAGGCCUGCGAGCUUUACUAUGUUAACAGAGAUACCCUCUUUUGCUACCACAAGGCCUCUGAAGUUUUCCUGCAAAGGCUUAUGGCCCUCUGUGUGGCUUCUCACUACAAGAACUCUCCCAAUGAUCUCCAGAUGCUUUCUGAUGCGCCUGCUCACCUUCUCUUCUGCCUCCUGCCCCCGGUGCCCCCCACCCAGAAUGCCCUGCCCGAAGUGCUUGCUGUCAUCCAGGUGUGCCUUGAGGGGGAGAUUUCUCGCCAGUCCAUCUUGAACAGCCUAUCUCGAGGCAAGAAGGCUUCGGGGGACCUGAUCCCAUGGACGGUGUCGGAACAGUUCCAAGACCCAGACUUCGGCGGCCUUUCAGGUGGAAGGGUUGUUCGCAUUGCUGUUCACCCGGAUUACCAAGGGAUGGGCUACGGCAGCCGAGCCUUGCAGCUGCUGCAGAUGUACUUCGAAGGCAGAUUCCCUUGUCUUGAGGAAAAUGUCCUUGAGACGCCACAAGAAAUUCACACCGUCAGCAGUGAGGCCGUCAGCUUGUUGGAAGAGGUCAUCACUCCUCGGAAGGACCUGCCUCCCUUACUCCUCAAACUGAACGAGAGGCCUGCUGAGCACUUGGAUUACCUGGGUGUGUCCUAUGGCUUGACCCCCCGGCUCCUCAAGUUCUGGAAACGAGCUGGGUUUGUUCCUGUUUAUCUGAGACAGACCCCGGUGAGUGAGGCAGAGGAGGGGUGUGGGUUUGCGGUUCCAGUUGGUGACAGGCCUGUCCUUAAACAGGCCCUGGUGCCUCUUCCUGUGCUCUGAGCACGUGUGCCCCUGCCUGCAAGAGGUUGAUUCUGAUGGACACCGAAACGGCCGUCCUCCCUGAAAGGCCUUACUCCCGUGCUGUGCGGUGCACACCUGCUGUGUGCCUGGCCUUGUGCUCGAUUAUAAAGUGGCAGAGGUGCACAUGGACUUGUUCGUCAAAUUCUGGAAUCCUGCAGCCUGGGGGCCUCUUCGAAUAGUACUGUAAAAAGCAAAACCAUGUUUUUAGGAGAGGGUUGCAGGUGGGCAGACUCCGAUUAUAAGCCGGUGUCUGAGGGAGGGAUGUAACUGCGUGGCUGACAGAGCCAUGGAGAUUAUGGAAGGGGAAGUUACUGACUGGGAGUUCAUUAAAAAAAUUCAUUUAUUUACCACCUGCUGUGAGCAAGAUAAGCCACGAAGCUUAUUUCUAAUGGGUAGAAAUGGGCAACAAGAAAGUGAAGAAAACGAGAACUUUUCAGAUCACACUAGGUGCCAUGAAGAAAACCAAACACUGAAACUGUAGUGUACUGAGUGGUUAGGCUUCCGAAGGGUGGCCUUUCAAACUGGACCCUGAAUGAUCAGAGUGCACUGGCUAUGUGGACAUUCCUGGAGAAAACUGUGUUUCCAAGCAGGGGGUGCAGCGAGUGUGGGUCCUGAGGUGGAAGUGACUUGGUGAUUUGAAGGAGGCGAAAUAAGGCUGGUGUGGGUCAUGGUGGGGCAGCGAGG